GCCACAUUUUAAUGACAGUCAUAUUUAAUCAGCUUAAUACUAAUUUAUUCUGUGCCGAGUUCACUACAAAGGCACGUCUGGUCAGUACGUUUAUAAAGAUCGGAUGACAGGUGAGAACUUGGGUUUUACUCUAAAAAGACAAAAUGAGCGACAGCGUUCAUCUUAGUUGGGCAGACACGGGUAAAGAGGGCCAAACCCCCGCACCUGCGGACAGCAGCACCACUCCGUCCGACCAGGAGAACUUCCCGUACGACACGGAAGACCCGGGCGAGGAGAGCGACGUACCGGAGGCGAGAGACGGCGCGGCCAGUCCGGAGGAGCUCAACGACGACGACACGUCCGGAGAGAGCGAGAACGUGCCCAAGACCUGCACCUAUGACGGCUGCACGGAGACCACGACGCAGGUGGCCAAAGCCAGGAAACCCCUGGAUGUAAAAAAAAACCGGAAUAAAAUGUACAAGGACAAGUAUAAGAAAAAAAAAAACGACCAGGCCAUGUCAUCGGGAAAACUAGAAGAGGGUUCGGAGGAGAGGCCUGUAUCUGUUACUAAGCAACGGCUGGGUACCACGGGAGACAGACCCACCAGACCGUCCCUCAUUGAGCAGGUGCUGAACCAGAAGAGACUGUCUCUGCUGAGGAGUCCAGAAGUCAUCAUUUUCCUUCAGCAGCAGCAGCGUUUACUGACCACACAGAAUCGAGCUCAAACACAGCACAACUACUGAAGACUGAAGAGGUUUACUCACCCUGUCAAGGAUUUAAUGCAGUCACAUUUUCACAGACAUUUUUAAAUGGGCAGUAUUCUAUAUUCAUGUGGGAACUGUGAGUAAUAUGAUCUGCAGCCAUCCUCAGUGGUGUGGAGACUAUUAACACUGCAUUCUGAGAUACUUGAAAAGGAUCUAAUCGAUCUUAAGCACUGCUGUCAUCAUCAAGCUCUUUGAGAUCAUGAAACGAAUUAGCAGCUAAAUCUACUGUAUAUAGCAACAAUACAUUUGAAUAGCCAUCCAUCCUGGUUUGGACACAUGUAGUGUCAUUUAGGAAUUUUAAAUUAAUGAAAGAAAAUAUGAAACAGCAGCUGUUAUCAUAAAAAAAUAAUUUUAGUGAUCUUAAUCUAAUCUGUAAUAAUGUCACCAGUGCAAGCUACAAUUUAGUUUUUUUGCCACAACUUGACCGUGUAGCUGGAAGUAACAGCGUACACACAGAAUUGUUCAAUCAGCUUUAUUAUUUUAAACAUGGAGUAAACUCAGAAAGUUUCUAAGAGCGA